AUGAGUUUUCCAGUUGACGAAUGCAUAAAUGUAAUUAACGAACUCCUUAAGUAUAGCAUUUCGGCAAUGUUUGCUAACCCAGUGGACCCUGAACGCGACAGAUGUCCAAAUUAUCUACAAUUAAUAAAAGAACCGAUGGAUUUAGGAACCGUUAAAAAACGUCUUGAAUCUGGAUAUUAUAAAACAGUUAGUGAUUGGAGACAUGAUAUGGACCUUAUCUGGAAUAACUCUUAUACUUUUAAUAAAGUUAACUCUUUCAUUGGAUUAAUUACGAAAGAUUUACAGGAAAAGUACAAUCAAAUAUCCGAAUACAUAAAUGACGGCUUAGAAAUAACUUGGCGUGAAAAACUUUAUAGUUUGAGCAGAGAACUGAAUGAACUUUUGAAAGAAUCACCUAAAAUUGCAAUUCCUAAGAAAAAGAAAGGUCGCCGUCGUGAUGAUAUGAGUAACAGCUUCUCAAUUGAUUUAAAUGAAAAUCCUAUAAACAACUAUCCGAUGACCCAUGAUGAAAUCGUCAAAUUAGCUGAUGAUAUAAAGAAAAUACAAUCAAAUUCGCAAAAAAUUACAAUAAUGAAUAUGCUGAAAAAAUUAGAGCCUUCAAUUGUAUUAGAUCCAGACCACAUUGAUAUAGAUCUUUGCUGCUUACAAAUGUCAACUCUACACCAAAUUCGAUCAAAAUUAGAUGAUUUUAUGGAGAAUAUGUAA